UACGAUACAUGAUCUUGGCAGGCUCUGUGCACCCACUGAGCCCAAAAAUGGUGGCGCUGUACCGGAUAAUCUUGUCGGUCCAAAAGAGUACCGUUGAUUAUAGCUUCCUUCUGAUGGCGUCUCAUGUCUAGCACUGCUUAGUUUCGAUCAACCGAAGAUCCUGCGAUCAUGACUGGUGAGCCACAGUAUAAAUGACCAGAGACAAAUGGAGUGCCUCCUAUCCUUUAUCAUGAACCUUUCAUCCCAUUACCUUCAACAAGAGGCCAUGCUUCGCGUAAUGUCCCAUGGACGUCGUCAAGUCACACGGCUCCCUGCAGAGCUCAUCAUCACCAUAUUUUUCCACUGCCUCCCCGACAAGUCCUACCCCAGCCUGCAUAAAGACGUAGCCCCUUUACUUCUUGCACACGUCUGCAGGUCCUGGAGGGCCCUCGCGCUUUCAGUAUCACGACUGUGGUCUUUCUUCGAAAUUGAUUUUCACAAUGGUUACGCCGCACCGCGGCUAGAAGCGCUGGAGUUUUGGCUCAAGCUUUCUAAAGAGCAACCAUUGUCCUUUGACGUCAUUUAUGACCCACCCACUCACACGACGUCCCGCGUCUUCCAGCCCCGGAGCAUCACUGUCGUGAAAGCGCUGCUCUGUCACUCUUCUCGGUGGCGAGACGUGAGGUUCGUGACACCCGGUGCUAGUCUCGUUCCUCUCUUUACAGACCCGCCGCUGGCAUCUGGUCUUCAUUCCCUCGAAACGUUGACACUUGAUAUGAGAGGCGUUUGGCCAUCACAUGGUGUGGCUUUGUGUUCAUUAGGGAUCCAGUGGAGCCGGCUCUCAGAGUUACACGUUCGCUUAGAUUGCAAGGCGGAAGAGCUUCCUACGCUAGAUGAAAUCUUCGACAUCCUGUCAGAAGGCGAGAACCUCAUGGCCUGCUCAUUCAAUGCAACCUGCACUUUCACCCCAAAGGCUGACCCGACCCGCGUCUCAAUGACGAAGCUCCAACGGCUGAACUUGUCGUUGAGAGCCACUUCAGGCUCCGAGCCAUGCUUCGCAUACUUUUUGGAUUCACUCAGUAUGGUGGCGCUCAGGGCAUUACGCAUCGAGUGCAUGGAUGACUUGAAUGGUCGGAAUUGGAAUGGCUGCCGUUCUAUUCUUUCAUGUCUUCGCUCAGCAGUGAUCCGGGAACUCCAGUUAUACUACCUACCCCUUUCCACAGCCGACGUCACCAACAUCCUCGAUGCUACACCAGAGCUAGAACGUCUGAACCUCAAGUUCGACCUGGGAGACAGGGAUGAGGACCCAGUGAAUGAUGUUCUAUUUCGGCACAUACUGCUGUCGAAGGCCUUGCGAGCAUUGGACAUAGAAUGCCAUGGAAGAAAGUUGAAUUGUAAGGUUGUAAUGGACAUAGUAGAACUGGGUAGGCUUGAAAGGCUUCAUUUGGCCACGUUCAUUCCCAUCUGUAACUGUCUUGAAGCACACUGGGAGAGGGGGAGAAUUGAGGGGGUAGAUGUUCGACUGAGCCAUUAUUUCUGCUAUUAAUUUAAGUCCUUACUUCAUAGGGGCACAUGGUGUAGAUGGUUUAUCACGCCCGCUUAGCAUGCGGGAGGUGUUGGGUUCAAGUCCCAAUGUGUCCAAUAUGAUUGGUUUAUUUUUUGAUUCCUGAAUAAUUUCGAAAUUUCGAAUUC